CGGAAGGAGGGGCUUCUCAACAGCGGUUGGAAGCAGUGGAGCUCGGCUGCCCUAUUCCUUGGUACAUUAAUGCUUUCAUCAAGAUAGCAUCCUGAAAGAAAAGAAUUCAAGGUCAAACUCGGAGGAGCCAGUCAGUCUGCUUGGGGAGAGUGAGCAUACGGCUGUGGAAGGAGUCCAGCAAUGGCAGCCAAUAAGAGCAAGAACCAGAGCUCCCUGGCCCUGCACAAGGUCAUCAUGGUGGGCAGUGGCGGCGUGGGCAAGUCGGCGCUCACCCUGCAGUUCAUGUACGACGAGUUUGUGGAGGACUAUGAGCCCACGAAGGCAGACAGCUACAGGAAGAAGGUGGUUCUGGAUGGGGAGGAGGUCCAGAUCGACAUCCUGGACACGGCUGGACAGGAGGAUUACGCUGCUAUCCGGGACAAUUACUUCCGCUCCGGAGAGGGCUUCCUGCUGGUGUUCUCCAUCACUGAGCAUGAGUCCUUCACCGCCACGGCCGAGUUCAGGGAGCAGAUUCUACGUGUGAAGGCAGAGGAGGAUAAGAUCCCCCUGCUGUUGGUGGGGAACAAGUCAGACCUGGAGGAGCGCAGGCAGGUGAUGGUGGACGAGGCCCGGGGCAAAGCUGAGGAGUGGGGGGUGCAGUACGUGGAGACCUCCGCCAAAACGAGAGCCAACGUGGACAAGGUGUUCUUUGACCUGAUGCGUGAGGUGCGAGCAAAAAAGAUGUCAGAAAACAAGGACAGAAACGGCAAGAAGAGCGGCAAGGGCAAGAAGAGCUUCAAAGAGCGUUGCUGUUUACUCUGAUCCACACGGGACCUCUCGGCACCAAACCACGAUCGCCACUCGAAAUCACAGCUCAGAACAACAAAAAAUCUGUUUUUGACAGAAUCUGAUCAUGGUGGGUUCGUUAUUAUCUGAACCAUUGUUUCUUUUUUUUGCCUAGAAAUACAAAAAUAUAAUCAAAUCCAUUUUUGCCCCCACCACCCACAGAGCCCACCAUGAUGUGGCUCACUGAAACUAGUGAGUGAGGAUCAUGGGAGUUUUUCUUUGCAACAUUCAGCUGGCAAAUUGUUUCCAACACUAAGCUUUGUUCUGUUAUGUAGCUACCGCUUUUGGUUUUCUAAGGUUGUAGGAGCAAUGGUAGGAUCCACGUAAGCAGUUGUUUUAGAAUGGUGCGUGCGCACGUUAGACAAAGUACCCCAGCAGUAGACACAGGAACGUGUGAAGCUCGAUGUCCUACCUGUAUGAAGCACAUGCAAUUCUCCUGUAGGUCGUUCGAUAACUUAGUUAUUGCGGGAACUGUUUGAGUAAACUGCCAUUGACCUAAAAUAUUCUUCUGCUUUGGAGGUCAUCACAGCAGGAUCCAGGUGGAACUGAGAACUUCUGGUUCUGUUUUUUUUUUUUUUUAUCGUCGUUUAUGUAAGGCUGUUCGAGAACCUGCACUGUGGAACUACGCUAUUGCAGCCCAAUAACAAAGCUGGUGCUACUUUUAGACUGUGUAACCACAUAACGUCAUUGGCAGUAUGUACUGCUACAAAUAUUAGCAGAUUAAUAUAGCUGCUUACCCUGUGUUCAGUUUAGCCAGAACAGCAAAAAUGUUUCCCUCAGUGUCUGGAAAAAGUGGAGAUAGUUUAAACACUAGCACUGGGGGCAGUCUUAUUCUGAAGUCUAUAGUAAGCAAUACCCAUAGUGAAAUUCCUAGCAAGCAGCUAUUUCACAAUUCAAGCAAGCUCAUUUUAGCUGGAUAAUCUCAGGACCAGUCACAAAUACUGUUAGCAACCAAAACACAAGUUCUAGUUCCACCUGGUUCUGGUUACAAUAGUGUAAAAGGGGCUAAGAGACCCCCAACCCCCCCC